AGCCACAGUUGCCUCAAAGUGACUACGGACCAGGCAGUCUUUAAUGAAUAGGCAAGGCCAACCUCCAUUCUCCCAGAAAAGAAGAAAUGCUCAUCUGAAAUUCAUCACCUCUCUGGAGUCUUCAACCUGACCAAGCACUGAAAAGAGCAUAAGAAAACAGUUGCCGUUGCCUCUGGUCUUCCUAUUGAAAGCAGACACAGAGUGCAUGAAGACCGUUCAACUAUGUCAGGGACCUCCUCCCAUGAGUCCUUCUAUGACUCCUUCUCAGACAUGCAGGAAGAAAGCAAGAAUGCUGACUUCUUCCCAGGCCUUUCUGCUUUCCUCAGCCAGGAAGAGAUCAACAAGAGUCUUGACCUGGCCCGCAGAGCCAUAGCCGACUCCGAAACAGAAGAUUUUGACUCGGAAAAGGAGAUCUCGCAGAUUUUCAAUACUUCCCCUGCAAGUUUCCAUGAAAACCCUUCCCGUAAGGAGACCAAAUUGGGUGAACACACCUCAGGGAGACCUCAGGAUAACAGGUCAACACCUGUCCAGCCUCUGGCAGGAGAACAAACUAAGAGUAUCUCUUCACCUGUUUCAAAGAGGAAACCUGCCAUGUCGCCCCUGCUCACCAGGCCCAGCUACAUCCGGAGCCUCCGAAAGGCUGACAAGCGUGGUGCAAAAGCUCCCAACACAAACGUAAAGCCCAAAACGCCACAUCAAGGAAAGGCUGGCCCCCAGAGCCAGCUGUGUGACAAGGCGGCUAAUUUAAUUGAGGAGCUGACAUCCAUAUUUAGACAAGCCACAAAGCCAAGAAACAGAAGCCCAAAUGGGGAGUCCUCGUCACCCGACAGUGGGUACCUGUCUCCUAAAACUCAGCCGUCAGCCCUGCUGAGUGCCUCAGCCAGCCAGAGCCCUACGGAAGACCAAGGGGAGAUGGAAAGAGAGGUUAAGUCCCCUGGGGCCAGGCAUUGCUACCAGGCCAACCAGGACCUGGCAGUGCCACGCAACCGCAAGUCUCACCCACAGCCCCACAGUGCCCUCCACUUCCCAGCUGCACCUCGAUUCAUCCAAAAGCUGAGGAGCCAAGAAGUAGCAGAAGGGAGCCGAGUUUAUCUGGAGUGUAGAGUCACUGGAAACCCCACUCCUCGAGUCAGAUGGUUCUGUGAAGGGAAAGAACUGCACAACACUCCUGAUAUUCAAAUCCACUGUGAGGGUGGGGACCUCCAUACCCUGAUCAUAGCAGAGGCCUUUGAGGACGACACAGGUCGCUACACCUGUCUGGCUACGAAUCCCAGCGGCUCAGACACAACAUCUGCUGAGGUGUUCAUUGAAGGUGCCAGUUCAACAGAUUCCGACAGUGAAAGUUUAGCUUUCAAAUCAAAAGCUGGAGCUAUGCCACAAGCUCAAAAGAAAACAACUUCUGUUUCCUUGACAAUAGGAACAUCAUCUCCAAAGACAGGGGUGACCACAGCUGUGAUUCAACCAUUAUCUGUCCCUGUGCAACAGGUUCACAGUCCAACUUCAUAUCUCUGCCGACCUGAUGGAGCCACCACUGCCUACUUUCCUCCUGUUUUUACAAAGGAACUUCAGAACACAGCUGUGGCGGAAGGCCAGGUGGUGGUUCUGGAGUGCCGGGUCCGAGGGGCACCCCCUCUGCAGGUCCAGUGGUUUCGGCAAGGGAGUGAAAUCCAAGACUCUCCUGAUUUCCGAAUUCUACAGAAAAAACCUAGAUCUACAGCUGAACCUGAGGAGAUUUGCACCCUGGUUAUCGCUGAGACUUUCCCUGAAGAUGCAGGGAUCUUUACAUGUUCAGCAAGAAAUGAUUAUGGAUCAGCAACCAGCACUGCCCAGCUGGUUGUCACCUCAGCCAACACCGAAAACUGUAGUUAUGAGUCAAUGGGAGAAUCCAACAAUGAUCACUUCCAGCACUUUCCACCUCCCCCUCCAGUCUUGGAGACAAGUUCCUUGGAAUUGGCUUCAAAGAAACCAUCUGAGAUGCAGCAGGUGAACCACCCUGAGUUAGGCCUGAGCAGGGCAGCCCUUCAAAUGCAAUUCAAUUCUGCUGAGAGGGAAACGAACGGAGUCCAUCCCAGCCACGGAGUAAAUGGACUGAUUAACGGCAAAGCUAACAGUAAUAAAUCUCUUCCAACACCAGCUGUCCUGCUUUCACCCACUAAGGAGCCACCACCUCUGCUUGCCAAACCAAAACUGGACCCUCUGAAGAUCCAGCAACUCCAGAACCAAAUCCGACUGGAGCAGGAGGCCGGCGCCCGGCAGCCUCCGCCAGCCCCGCGCAGCGCGCCGCCCUCGCCGCCCUUCCCGCCGCCGCCCGCCUUCCCCGAGCUCGCGGCCUGCACGCCGCCCGCGUCCCCGGAGCCCAUGAGCGCGCUGGCCUCCCGCUCCGCCUCCGCCAUGCAGUCCUCCGGCUCCUUCAACUACGCGCGCCCCAAGCAAUUCAUCGCCGCGCAGAACCUCGGGCCCGCGUCGGGCCACGGCACGCCGGCCUCCAGCCCCAGCUCGUCCAGCCUCCCGUCGCCCAUGUCCCCGACGCCAAGGCAGUUCGGCCGCGCGCCCAUGCCGCCCUUCGCGCAGCCCUUCGGCGCCGAGCCCGAGGCCCCGUGGGGCUCCUCCUCACCGUCUCCCCCGCCGCCGCCGCCCCCGGUCUUCAGCCCCACGGCUGUCUUCCCGGUGCCCGACGUGUUCCCACUGCCGCCGCCACCACCACCGCUCCCGAGCCCGGGGCAGGCGUCCCACUGCUCUCCCGCCACCCGCUUCGGCCACAGCCAGACGCCCGCGGCCUUCCUCAGCGCCCUGCUGCCCUCGCAGCCGCCGCCGGCGGCCGUCAACGCCCUGGGGCUGCCCAAGGGUGUCACCCCCGCAGGAUUUCCAAAGAAGGCCAGUAGAACUGCUAGAAUAGCCUCCGAUGAGGAAAUUCAAGGCACAAAGGAUGCUGUUAUUCAAGAUCUGGAACGAAAACUUCGCUUCAAGGAGGACCUCCUGAACAACGGCCAGCCGAGGUUAACAUACGAAGAAAGAAUGGCUCGCCGACUACUAGGUGCUGACAGUGCAACUGUCUUUAAUAUUCAGGAGCCAGAAGAGGAAACAGCUAAUCAGGAAUACAAAGUCUCCAGCUGUGAACAGAGACUCAUCAGUGAAAUAGAGUAUAGGCUAGAAAGGUCUCCUGUGGAUGAAUCAGGUGAUGAAGUUCAGUAUGGAGAUGUGUCUGUGGAAAAUGGAAUGGCACCAUUCUUUGAGAUGAAGCUGAAACAUUACAAGAUCUUUGAGGGAAUGCCAGUAACUUUCACAUGUAGAGUGGCUGGAAAUCCAAAGCCAAAGAUCUACUGGUUUAAAGAUGGGAAGCAGAUCUCUCCAAAGAGUGAUCACUACACCAUUCAAAGAGAUCUCGAUGGGACCUGCUCCCUCUAUACCACAGCCUCCACCCUAGAUGACGAUGGGAAUUAUACAAUUAUGGCUGCAAACCCUCAGGGCCGCAUCAGUUGUACUGGACGGCUAAUGGUACAGGCUGUCAACCAAAGAGGUCGAAGUCCCCGGUCUCCCUCAGGCCAUCCUCAUGUCAGAAGGCCUCGUUCUAGAUCAAGGGACAGUGGAGACGAAAAUGAACCAAUUCAGGAGCGAUUCUUCAGACCUCACUUCUUGCAGGCUCCUGGAGAUCUGACUGUUCAAGAAGGAAAACUCUGCAGAAUGGACUGCAAAGUCAGUGGGUUACCAACCCCAGAUCUAAGCUGGCAACUGGAUGGCAAGCCCAUACGCCCUGACAGUGCUCACAAGAUGCUGGUGCGUGAGAACGGGGUGCACUCUCUGAUCAUAGAGCCAGUCACGUCACGUGAUGCCGGCAUCUACACAUGUAUAGCCACCAACCGAGCAGGACAGAACUCAUUCAGCCUGGAGCUUGUGGUUGCUGCUAAAGAAGCACACAAACCCCCUGUGUUUAUUGAGAAGCUCCAAAACACAGGAGUUGCUGAUGGGUACCCAGUACGGCUGGAAUGUCGUGUAUUGGGAGUGCCACCACCUCAGAUAUUUUGGAAGAAAGAAAAUGAAUCACUCACUCACAGCACUGACCGAGUGAGCAUGCACCAGGACAACCAUGGCUACAUCUGCCUGCUCAUUCAGGGAGCCACAAAAGAAGAUGCUGGGUGGUAUACUGUGUCAGCCAAGAAUGAAGCAGGGAUUGUGUCCUGUACUGCCAGGCUGGACGUUUACACCCAGUGGCAUCAGCAGUCACAGAGCACCAAGCCAAAAAAAGUGCGGCCCUCAGCCAGUCGCUAUGCAGCACUUUCGGACCAGGGACUAGACAUCAAAGCAGCGUUCCAACCUGAAGCCAACCCAUCUCACCUGACACUGAAUACUGCCUUGGUAGAAAGUGAGGACCUGUAAUCCGGCAUUCUUGUUAAAGCUGAAACACUGAAACAGCCAUUGCCUUGACCAACAUAUUCCUUUGUCACAUUAUGUAAAAGGCAGAAACAUACCUUUGACUAUAAGAAAUAAAAAAAAAAAAAAACACCAAAAUAAUAUUUUUCUUACUUGAUAUACCAAACUUAGAGUUCAAGUAGAUAAUGCUAAUAUAAACAUACACAUUGCACAGAAAAUUCACAUUUACUGUCAAUUUAAAACUUUGGAACUGCUUUGGUUAAAGUGAUCUAAAAUGCCAAAAUACUAAAGGAAAUCAAUUAUUCAUAGGUAACUACAAUUUGUAUUAUCUACAAGUGCCUUUAAACACAAGAUAUAGGUGCUGUGUAGCCUGAUAGUGUGAAAUGUUUAAUGAGGCAGUUGUACCACAAACAAUACUACAAUGAUUCUGAAGCACAGUGUAUUCAGACAGAUAAGUGAACCAAGUGCAAUAUGUAAGGAUGAAAAAAGAAGAAAUGACAAAGAAAUCCAAGUAAAUGCCUUGUCUUUGCAAAUGUUUUUAUAUUAAAUCAUAAGGAAGGAACUACUUGCCUUAAAUUUUAUUAAUAUCAAAAGAGUUUUCUAACAAGGUUAAUACCUUAGUUCUUAACUUUUUUUUUCUUUAUGUGUUGUGUUUUCAUGCUACCUUGGUAGGAAACUUAUUUACAAACCAUAUUAAAAGGCUAAUUUAAAUAUAAAUAAUAUAAAGUGCUCUGAAUAAAGCAGAAAUAUAUUACAGUUCAUUCCACAAAAAGCAUCCAAACGAGACCCAAAUGACCAAGGCAUACAUAGUAUUUGGAGGAAUCAGAGGUUUGGAAGGAGUAGGAAGGAGAAUGAAGGAAAAUGCAACCAGCACAAUUAUAGUGUGUUCAUUUAGAUAAAAGUUAAAGGCGCAGGAGAGGUAGCAAAGGCCAGGCUUUUCUUUGGUUUUCUUCAAACAUAAGUGAAAAAAGCACUGCCAUUCACAAGUCAAGGAACCUAGGGCCAGCUGGAAGUGUGGAGCACAUAUGCUGUGGAGAUUGCAGUGUGUCUGAAGUUUGUGUAGUAAUGGAAGAUUUUAGGUAUGUAGAGCAAGUUGAAAAUGGAUUGAGACUGCAUGGUGGCAUAAAUGAGAAUUGCCUAUAGGAUCUAGUCUACUUGAAGGAAGUGGAGACAUAAGGAGAGACAAAAACAGGUUUGUGCCAUAAAGUAUUUUUUCGAAGGCACCAAGAUGUGGUGAAUGAAAAUUAUUAGUUCACUUCCCAGCUGCCAUGAAACUGCCUUAAGAAGGUGCUGGAUUCCAAGGUUUAUAAAGGUAUCUCGGUAAAGACUGCUUUUUGAAUGCAUAUGAUUUUGCAUCAGCUAGACUGAGUUGAUUCUGACCAGACUUGAUGGUUUUAAGUCGGAACCAAUAAAUUUUAAAAGGAGAAAAAAUAAGUUGACCUAGUAGUUUAAAAUAUGAAGCUUUAAUGGUACUUUGCUAUGAAAAGAAAACACUGUAUUCCUUACGCAAAACACAUGUAUCUUUCAUUAUUUAUAAUAAGUGGCCUCUCUUAGCUCAGUUACUCAAUUCAUACGUAGUAUUUUUUAAAGUAAUUUUAUAUCUGUGUACCACCACAUGUAUUUCAUAUUACUGUUUCACAUGUACAGCUUUCUACUUCUUUGUAAGAACACCAACCAACCAAGGUUUAAGUGAGUAAUAGGCUUGAGCACCGGGUGGCAGAUGUUCUAUGCAGUGUGGUUCAAGUUUCUUUAACCACACUUCAAUGCAUUGCUAAUAUGGAAUUUAAGAUACCAUACACAGUCUCUCAUGGACCUAUCUCUAUUGUAGAAUUAUGACUUAUGUCUUACUUGCCAAAUUGUUCUGAAUGUGACUUUUUUUGCUGAUUUGCUGGGUUUGGGAUUAACUAGCAUUAUUUUGCCACCUUUAUAUUGUAUUUAUAAAAAAAAAAAAAGUACUAUCAUACUACUUUGGAUUGUUGUGCUGGUGUAAUGUGGAUUUAACAUCAAUAAAUAUUUGACAAAUAAUA